GUACACCAACCUUAGGCAGGUACCUAGUUACACCUAUCUACCUCUCAGUCGCCUCCGAACCCUCUGCCGCCAACGACAAAGCCUAGGUAGGCAGGCCAGUCUCCUCAGUGCCUCAUCAACCGCACCCACAGGCAAUUCCUCAACCCCGAGGCGCCACCUAGCUACCUACCUAUAGGUGCCUGCCUACCUACCUCUACCUACCUGAGGCCCCUCCAUACCUCUGUGGUCAGGCUGCACAUCAUCACAACUACCCAGGUCCACAGGCAUAGGUAUAUAUAUAUAAACGCAUACAUGUCUGUCUACUUAUCCUCCCUCCUCUUCCGGUAUAGAUACAUGCGUCAGCCAUCGGGCGCUUUUGGUGAACGGUCUAGUUGGGGUUGACGAGCCUUGCCGAGAUGAGACGCGGCAUCUAUUCGGUCGCCAUCACGGACCCGCUGGUGAAGUACCAGUCCCUCCUCGCCACGGGCCUCUGCAGCCCCGACGCCGCCCAGCACCGGCUGGCGAUCCACCUGCAGAAGGUCUACCACCGCCUCAAGGACUACUCGCCGUCGGGCGAGUACCGCGAGAGGCUGCGCGCCCUGGCGAGCGCCCUGGACCGCGCCGGGAAAGAGGGCCGCGACACGUCGCACACCCUUGCCUCCGAGCGGCACCCGAUCCGGCGCAACCCGCUCCUCGCCCGGUUCUUCGCCCAGAGCGGCGCCGCCGACACCCUCGCCCUCGUGCGCGUCCUCACCAGCCACGAGGAGGCCAUCCGCAUCGACUCGCCCCAGGGGCUGUUCCUGUCGGGCGAGGUGGGCACGGGCAAGUCCAUGCUCCUCGACCUGCUCGCCGACGGCCUGCCCACGAGCCGGAAGCGGCGCUGGCACUUCAGCACCUUCAUGCUACACACGCUGUCGCAGCUGGAGCGCUACCGCAAGUCCCACCGCCGCCUCGACCGCGACGACCAGGAGUACUCCCUGCUGUGGCUGGCCAAGGACAUGGUCGAGAAGUCGCCGAUCCUCUUCCUCGACGAGUUCCAGCUGCCCGACAAGGCCGCCGCCAAGAUCAUGAGCAACCUGUUCAUCGCCUUCUUCCAGCUCGGCGGCGUCCUCGUCGCCUCGUCGAAUCGCAUGCCCGACGAGCUAGAAAAGGCCGCCGGCGUCGAAUACGCCUCCUCGGCCGCCGCCGGCGUCGUGAGCCGAGUGCUGGGGAUCGGCCGAUCUCGCCGAAAGGGGGAGCUCUUCGGCGCCACGAGCGAUUUCGCCUCUUUCCUCGAUGUCCUCAAGGCGAGGUGCGAGUUUUGGCAGAUGGAGGGGGCCAAAGACUGGAGGCGCCACGAGGCUAGCGCAUCGCCAGCUCAACGUACAAGGGCGCGUGCAGACAGUUUGAGGUCUAAUGACUCGAUAGGAAUGCAUGCGACGGGGCGCAUUUCCGAUACAGAGGUUGAAGAAAGUACUGAACCCGAUAUUACCCCGACAUAUUAUUUCCUAGUUGGGGUGGCGGAUGAAUCCUCGUGGGCCUCGGCACUGGAUGGCGUGGUCGGAUCUUCUACGGGAGAAGAGCCCGCUUGGGAGUCCUCGACGCUCGUUGUCUACGGCCGGGCGAUCACGAUCCCGCGGCACCGCGGCGGCACGGUGAGCUGGCACUUCGACGACCUGGUGUCCUCGUUCGGGCCGGCCGACUACAUCACGAUGGCGUCGACCUUCCACACCUUCGUCAUCGACGGCAUCCCGACGCUGACGGUCCUGAAGAAGAACGAGGCCCGGCGGCUCAUCACGCUGCUCGACGCCCUGUACGAGGCGCGCUGCAAGCUGGUGGUCCGCGCGGCCGCCGGGCCCGACGACCUCUUCUUCCCGGAGGCGCGCCCCCGCGCGCCCUCGGGCCCGCCGUCCGCGGCGGCGGCUCCCCCCGACAGCGCCGACGCCGAGACCAACGCCGACGCCGACGCGAUCCACUCCGAGACCGUCGCCGAGGCGUACCAGGACACGGUGUCGCCCUUCCGGCCCAACGUCUCGUCGUACGGGGGCGCGCACAACGCCGACUACGACCCGGACCAGGACUCGGGGGGGCGGGCGCGCGCCGAGCCCGCCGCCGCCGCCGUCGACUUCAGCGACACGGGCGCCUUCACCGGCGAGGACGAGCGCUUCGCGUACAAGCGCGCCGCGAGCCGCCUGUGGGAGCUGUGCGGCGCGCGGUGGCACGCGCGCACCGGCGACUGGUGGCGGCCGCUGCCGCGGGAGGCGCGGCACUGGGAGGGCGGCGCGGUCGCGCGGCCGGUGCCGUGGACGGCGCCGCACGCCGCGCUAGGCGGCGACGUCACUAUGGGGCCGUCCGUCGAGCUCGACGAGCUGGCCGGCCUGCAGCGGUACCGCCUCAGGUAUCUGAGGAGGACGAUGCUAGAAGAGCAGGACACGCCGGAGUGCAAGAAGGGAGAGAAGGGUUGACGGGAUGGCGAGAGAGGGGGGACGGACGUUGUACAGAUGCGGACGCGUGCGAUGUGUGUUAUCGUGCGUAGACUCCCAUUGUCUAUCUAUGUAGGAUAAUGUGAAGAAUAUGGCGGGGACCAAGGGCGUCCGCCCUCGGCUGCGCAAACAAACGCCUAAACCUCCGUAGACUCCGCGCUCUAUUCAUGCUAGCCCAGCCCAACCCAGCCUGCAACGCCGUCGAAAAAUGCACGCUCCAUGGCGCCAACCUGACCAGCUAGCCGCACCUGUCCACGGCCCCUGUCCCCUCGCGAACCAAAGCUUCAUCUCACCUCUCCCCGUCCCCGAACCCCC